ACCAAGCUCAAACGUCUGCGCGUGUGCAUGCGUUGGAAUUGAGUUUGGCCAUGAUGGCGGCAAAAUAUCUUGGCUUGUUCUACUUCUCCGUCCUGGUAGCGAUUCUGGCGGCUGUAACAGCCGACAGCACGGGGAGACGGAAGAUCCCGACCAGAGACGGAGGUCACCUGAGUCAGAUAAUGAUGGAGGAAUAUCUGGAGGAUCAGAACAGAGAGGUAGCCGAGGAGCCAAAAGUGGAGAAUGCCAGCCCCCUCCAGCUCUAUCUUCACCUGCUACGACUGAAGAGAAAGGAGCAGGUGGAGUCAGCAGAGAAAGUUCUGAGCCUACAGGACUUCGGGAAGCAGUACAAGACCAUCGGCGUGCUCCUGGAGACACUCUUCCACGAAGUGGAGGAGUCAUUAGGCAAGAUCGAGAAGUCUAGAUAUUCACCUGGCAUGCCUUUUCCUGAGAGCAGGGAGCUACAAGAAGGUACAUAUGUGGACAAACUAGAAGUAUAUUAUACUGAGAUAGUAGUUGCUUCUUUUUGUAGAGGUGGGUAAAGUGUAUGAGAAUGUUCUGAUGUUUGGAGACUUUCUUCUGCGAAUGCCAGAGGUCACGAAAAAGGUGUAUGUUGCACAUAAGGAGUGGACUGGUGUGUUUCGCUGGGCCGUCAAAUUCUGUUUGCAGUCGACCGACAUUUUUACAGGACCCUAUGCCACUCAUCUACAUCUGAUGAUGCAAGAGCUGGGGAUGGGUCCAAAGGAUCCCAACUAUGCCAACCCAUUCAGCACAAAACAAGGAAAGACUGAGGGGGAGAACAUGAAAGAGAAGAUACUGAGUAAGAGAGAGGCCAUGCAGGAGAAGAUGAAGAACAUCAAAGGUCCCAAACUCAGGACCAACAGACACCAGGAAUUGUAGUAGAGUCCAGGGAAUUAGUGGGUGGAGCUUCUUGCAGGUGCUAUGCUCUUUGCCCUCUUUUUAGUCCUUGCACUAUGCAUGUAUAAUUUAUACACCGUACAUAUAAUAUUAGUGUACACCGUAUAAUGUACAUAUAAUAUUAGUGUACACCGUAUAAUGUCAUACGAAAACACUGUACAAAUUUC